AAUACGUUAAAAGAUUUGAAAUAGAAUAAAAUUCUAUGUAGACCCGUCUCAGAGGAUGAGUCUCAGUUUAGUCCUCAUCCUCUACGUGAAACAUUAUAAGUUUAGUCCUGAUCGUAGACCAGUAAAAGAAACCAUCAGAGAGAUCUAUUUCUAUAUAGUUCUUCUUAAUGCUCAUCAUUGGUGCCACCGAGUCUGAUUCUGUUGAAAUCCGAUAAUACAGAAUAAACGCGUGUCCCCGUGUGUUCACACAGUGUAAAAGUGCAUUUAAUGGAGCUCUUUGGACAGGAAGAGAUAUCAGGCGUUAAAUAAAGAAAAUACAUACAAUAUACAGCUUUGAUGUUUUAUGUGGUUUAUUUCAUUUAUUAUAAAUGAAUCUUUAGAGUUGUUUGUAUCCUGACUCCGUUGAUGUCAGACACAUGUGUCUCCAUAUACAUGGAUGCACUAGGACCCAGAGAGCUGCUCGCUGACAGGACCAAUGUUCCCGUCUCUCUCUCCCUGUCUCUCUCACUCUCUCUCCCCCCUCCCUCCCUGUCAGACACACAAGGUGUCUGCUGGACCGCUGCCUUUCCCGCACUCCCCUCUGGACAUAGAUCAAAGAGACUCCCAGCGUCCCGCAGCAGAUGGGGCGUGGGGGGGCUUUCAAAGACCACCUAACCCUCAUCAGCAGAGACCGCUGCAGCUUUCUGGAUUAGUUUGCUGCCAGAGUUUGCUUGACCACCUGUGAGGAGGAGAAGAGUGACCUUUUCCUGAUUCAUCUUGUCUGUUUGUGCUUCUCUUUGCAGCCUUGUCUCUGGACUCUACCACCUCCCUUUUGGCCAGCUGUCACCCGGCCUGUCACUCUCAGGAUAUCCCCUUGCCCUCUCUCUAGGGUUUCAUAAUGCCUCGGGAUCUCGUUCAGAGGCACGGGUGGAUUUCACCCCUUUCUUUUCCCCUGUUCGAGAACAUGGACGUGUAAUGAGCGGUGCUGGAGUUGAUAGGCCGGGGGUCAUGGAAGGAGCCAAAGGUCACGGGGCCAGAACCUCAAAUAUACAUAUUUUUUGCGCUUUUAGCUGAGGCAGGUUUGUGGGGAGUUUUUUUUCUUGUAUCUGUUGUAUUUACGACCAUGGGAAACGCAGCAGGGAACAUGGAGGUGCCUCUGGGGAAGGAGGGCAAGGCGUCGUCCCUCCCGGGCUCCACAGGCCACCCGAGACAAAUGGGGAUCAAACUACCGAUGCCAGCGGAGGAGGAACUGGAGCAACGCUUCAGCGCAGUGCUGAACACGAUGAAUCUUCCUCCGGACAAAGUGGAGAUCCUCAGUCACUACGACAACGAGAAGAAGUGGGAUCUGAUCUGUGACCAGGAGCGGUUUCAAGUGAAGAAUCCCCCGUCGGCGUAUCUGGAGAAGCUGAAGAGCCACCUGGAUCACGGGGGGGUCGGUCGGAAGUUUAAGAGACGCGUCCAGGAAUCCACUCAGGUCCUCAGAGAGCUGGAGAUCUCCCUGAGGACCAAUUACAUCGGUUGGGCUCAGGAGUUCCUGAACGAGGAGAACCACGGCUUGGACGUCCUGGUGGACUAUCUGUCCUUCGCCCACAGUGCCAUCACGUACGAGGCGGACGCUUUGGACAACGGCACGCCGCCCACCGACAAGAAGUCCCUGGAUGAUCUGAGCAGAAGUGCCAGUAACUCACCAACUCACAGCGCCUCCAAGGCCGGCAAGGCCUUCACAGUGAGGAAGGGGCGGGGCUCCCGGGUCGUGAGUCAGAGCGACGAUGUUCACCUCUGCAUCAUGUGUCUACGUGCCAUAAUGAACUAUCAGUCUGGGUUCAACCAGGUGAUGAAGCAUCCCCACUGUGUCAACGAGAUCACGCUCAGCCUCAACAACAGAAACCCCCGGACGAAGGCGUUGGUGCUGGAGCUGCUGGCGGCCGUGUGUCUGGUGCGAGGAGGCCAUUACAUCAUCCUCUCCGCCUUCGACAGCUUCAAAGAGGUGUGUGGAGAGAAAAGUCGGUUUGAGAAGCUCAUGGAGUAUUUUGGCCAUGAAGACAACAACAUUGACUUCAUGGUGGCGUGCAUGCAGUUCAUCAACAUCGUGGUCCACUCUGUGGAAAACAUGAACUUCAGGGUCCACCUCCAGUACGAGUUCACGCAGCACGGGCUGGACGAUUUGCUUGAGAAGUUAAAGUUCACGGAGAGUGACCGGCUGCUGGUCCAGAUCCAGGCCUACUUGGACAACGUGUUUGAUGUGGGCGCUCUGCUGGAGGACGCCGAGACCAAGAACGCUCUGCUGGAGCACAUGGAGGAGCUGCAGGAGCACAACACACUGCUGAGCUCCAGGCUGCAGGAGAGCGAGAGGGAGGCCGUGCAGAAAGCCUCCGAGAUGGAGAAGAAGCUCAUUGAGACCACCAAGGCGGUGGAGCUCCUGAAGGAGAGCCUCCGGGAAUCCAGCUGCCAGGUGACUCUCCUGCAGCAGCGAGAGAGAGAGACAGCGCUGGAACGCGAGCGGGAGAGAGAGAGGGAGUUGGAGAGGGAUCGAUCCACCGCGGCCCUGAGGGAGCUGGAGGUCAAAGUUCAGGCUCUGGUGGAGCGGGGGCUGGUCCGACUGGGUCGCUCCUCCUCGGGACACCUGGACGUCCAGGUGGUCGCCGCGGAGACGCAGAAAGCCGAGGAAGAAGCCGACUCGAGUAAGAACCGGGAGGCGUGUCCUCUGUCCACGGAGCCACAUUCUCUCCUCCCUGCGGUGGUGCAAGCUCCCCCUCCACCACCACCACCUCCUCCUCCACCUCCUCCAAGCGCAACUACUCCUCCACUACCAGCGGCUCCACCCCCCCCGUUGACUGUGACUGAUGGUCUCAAGAAGAGGAAGACGAUACAAACCAAGUACCAGAUGCCACUGUUGAACUGGCAGCCGCUGAAGUCCAACCAGGUGGCCGGGACCGUAUUCAGCGAGCUGGACGACGACCAAGUUCUCCAGGAGCUGGACAUGGCAACUUUUGAGGAGCACUUCAAGACCAAGGCCCAGCCGGCCCCCGUGGUGCUGGGCACUCUGAAGAUGAAGCCGGCCCCCAGGACCCCCACCCGGGUGUCUCUGAUGGAGCCCAACAGGGCCAAGAACCUGGCCAUCACACUGCGCAAGGAAGGAGUGGCCGCCUCCGACAUCUGCUGCGCCAUCGAGACGUACAACCAGACAGCUCUGAGCCUGGACUUCCUGGAGCUGCUGGAGCGCUUCAUCCCCUCGGAGUACGAGACCAAGCUCAUCCACGGCUACGAGUGCGAGGGCAGGCCCCUGGACGAGCUCGCCGAGGAGGACCGCUUCAUGGUGCGCUUCAGCAAGAUCCCGCGGCUCCCCCAGCGCAUCAGCACGCUCACCUUCAUGGGCAACUUUCCCGAGAGCGUGCAGCUGAUACAGCCGCAACUAAACGCCAUCAUCGCCGCCUCCAUGUCCAUCAAAUCCUCCGGCAAGCUGAAGAAAAUCCUCGAAAUCAUCUUGGCAUUCGGGAACUUCAUGAACAGCUGCAAGCGAGGAGCAGCGUGCGGCUUCCGCCUGCAGAGCUUAGACCUGCUUUUGGACAUAAAGUCUACGGACCGGAAGCAGACGCUGCUCCACUUCAUCGUGGGCAUCGUGCAGGAAAAAUACCCUGAGGUCCGCGUGCUUCUUCAGCGAGCUGCACUUCCUGGAGAGGCGGCGCAGGUCUCCCUGGACAGCGUCCUGCAGGACGUGCGCGCUCUGGAGCGUGGCAUGGAGGUCACCAGGAGGGAGGCCUCGGUGGAAGGAGACAGCCCCGUGCUGCAGGACUUCCUCGGCAGGAACGCCGCGCUGCUUCACUCGCUCGCCGCCGACGGAACGACCGCCCAGGAUGUGUACGACUCCGCCGUGGAGUACUUCGGAGAGAACUCCAAGACGACGCCGCCCUCAGUCUUCUUCCCGGUUUUCGUCAGGUUCAUCCGGGCGUACCAGCAAGCGGAGCUGGAGAACGAGCAGAGGAUGAAGGUCCCGAGCCGUGAAUCUCCAUCAACUCCACCCAAACCCGACAUCACGGGCAAAAGGGUCUGUGCGACGUCCAGACCGCCUCAGAUGGAUCUGAUAGCGGAGCUGAAGAGGAGGCAGGUGUCUCCUCUGGUGAGGGAGGGCAAGGACGGAGCCAUCGAGGACAUCAUCACAGAUUUAAGGAAUCAGCCGUACAGACGGACGGACGGAGGCAGACGAAGCGGCAAGUGGAAACCAGGACAACAGCUGCACGUGUCCUCCGACAUCUCCCUCUGAGGACACCACGUGGCUCUUUAGAGGUCAAAGGUCAGACCACGCGUGACAACGAGUUUGAGUGACAGCGAGGCGUCGCUCCAGAUGAAGUAAAAAAGGUUUCAGCUGAUCUGUAUGAAGAGGGUCUAAUUAAUGCUGCGCCGCGUCCAACGCAUUAAAAUCAAAGUUUGAUUGGCAGAAAUCUCAUGAAUUAUUUUGAUAGUUUGCUCAAAAAAUGCUCUAGAUGGGGUUUUAUUUUAAAAAGAAUGUCUUAAUUACCACAGUUCAUCUUUCUCAAAGAUUUAGGCUGACGAUUUGUAAUAUAAUUAAAUUAUUUUAAUACUGAAGUGUAAUGAGUAACUUUGCGUCUGCAUUUUCAACAAAUAAAGCAUUUUAUACCAUUUA